GGAUAUGCUGUGCUAUACAGUGGGAAUAACAUGCUCAGCAUCAAAGCCUCAACAUUUCCCAUCCACCGACAGAAACAAGUGGGGUUUGUGGUGGGAUUCAUGGUGUCCAAGAUAUUCUGUCUCCACUUCUCUACCAUGAAGACCAUUGAUGUCCCUCAGUCAGCCCCCAUGGUUCAGUAUGUGGAGAGAAAGCUAUACAAGGAUCCUAUCGCAUAGUCUGUCUUGGAGUAACAGAGGAGGACUGGAGACUUCUGGCUCUUGAGGCUUUUGAGCGGUUGGAUCUUGAAGUGGCCAAGAAGUCAUUCCUGAGACUGAGAGACCUAAAGUACUUGGAGCGCAUUCACAGUAUUGAGGAGAGAAGAAAGAGAGGGGAGAAUAUCAAUGAUGUGUUCUUGGCUGAUUUCUAUGCUUACCAGAGCAAAUUUGAAGAGGCAGCCCAGCUGUAUAGAAAAGCUGAUCAGGAUCAGAAGGCUGUGGAGAUGUUUACAGAUCUCCGUUGAGUUUGAAGAAGGCCAAGCAGUACCUCACUCCAGGGAAGGGGCAGAGGGAAAGAUAGAGGAGGGAGGAGUAGUGGCUAAUGAGUCCAGAGAACUGCUGAGCAAACAGGCAGAGUGGGCCAGGAACAGCAACAAUCCUCAGGAGGUUAGCGAUAUGUAUCUGACAGUGGGUGAUCUUAAGGCACUGGAAAUCAUGGCCAAGAAUGGCUGGACUGAUAGGAUGGUAAACCUGGCCCAUGAUGUGGACAUCUCCCAGGAACCUCUGCUGCGACUGUGUGCUCGCCACCUCAAAUCGUCUGGACAUUAUUCUCAAGCGGCAGAGGUUUUGAGGAAGAAACUGGGAGACCACAAAUCUCUGCCUCCCUCUAAGUCAACUCCUUCCAGUGGGAGAAUGCAGUUGGCUUGGUUAGGAAACAGUUCCCUCAAUAUCGCGGAGAUGUGUAUAUUCCCCUAG